AUGCCGCCUCCGGGGCCCCGCCUGCCGCCGCUUCUCCUUCUCCUCCUCCUCACGGCCGACUGCAGCAGCGGCCUCGCCGGUGCGGGGGAAGGCGGCUCCUGCGAGUUCUCCGUCGAGCGCGGCGGCGAGCUCUACAGCUUCGCCCUCGCGGCGCCGACGCCGGCGCACCGCCACGGCGUGCUCAGCGAGGACGGGUUUUACAAGGUGGCUGUGAAUGAUUCCAUACUCUGGUUCCAGCUUUGCGAUGAAAUGCUAUUCAACUUUGACCCACCUAUGUGUCUUAAUUGUGAGGACUGUGGUGGUCCAUCAAGGUGUGGAACUCAGUGCAGUGCACUUGUGUCAAAUUAUAUUCGAGGGUAUGAUGUCUGCACAACUAUUGGGAGUUUAUCUAAAUCCCAUAUAUCUCUAGUUGACGAGAGUAAUCCUCAAAAGGGUAUCAUUGUUAAGAUGUUCUCAUCAAAGUGUUCUAUUUCUGUUUCCGUUCUUUGCGAGUCAACUGCAGCCCAAGUACCAGACAAAUUCGUCAUAUCUGGUCUUUGUGAUUAUGCUACAACACUUAAACACCCUUCUGGUUGUGCAAGGUCUGUUUCUGCUUCUGGAAGUGGCUGGGGAUGGUUAAGCACUUCGUUCAUGACAAUUCUGUGCCUUCUUGGAGGGUACAUUUUUAUUGGAGCAGUUUACAGAUACUAUUUCCUUGGCAUUCAUUCUGUAGAGGCCAUUCCAAACCUGGAAUUUUGGAUUGGUCUGCCCCAACGCGUUAAGACUAUCUUUGUUCCUGCAACAAGAAGUCACAACUAA